AUGGCGUCCGCCGGAGAAGUGAGGCCGGAAAUUCACGACCCCGAAACUGUCCAUGACAAUGAAGCUGCUCUUCACGAAAAGAAGGAUUAUUCAGAACCCAGCAACGAGCUGCAUGAAAAUCCAGCCCGCGUGGCAACAAACGACCAUGACCGCGCCCACUACGAGAAGUUCGGCACCUACGACCGCUAUGAGAUGACCGAAGAAGACUGCUAUGAUGAGCUUGGCUUCUCAUUCCCAGAGUGGAAGAAGUGGAUGAUUCUGUCCGUCGUCUUCUUAGUUCAGGUCUCUAUGAACUUCAACACGUCACUGUACAGCAACGCAGUCGGCGGCAUUUCAGAAGAGUUCGGUGUCAGUGCUCAAGCAGCGCGUGUCGGUGCGGCCACUUUUCUCGUCGCAUACGCGUUCGGAUGCGAGCUGUGGGCACCGUGGUCCGAGGAGCUGGGCCGUUUUCCUGUGCUCCAGCUCAGUCUGUUCUUUGUAAACAUCUUCCAAAUCCCAGUGGGCAUUGCGCCCAACUACGCGACCAUCAUCGCCUUCCGUACGCUUGGUGGUCUCUCCACUGCUGGUGGCUCCGUCACAUUGGCCAUGGUGGCUGAUAUGUGGGAACCUGAUAACCAGCAGUAUGCCGUAGCUUUCAUCGUCUUCUCGUCCGUCGGCGGUUCGGUACUCGGCCCCAUUGUCGGUGGCUUCGUCGAACAGUUCCUGGCCUGGCGAUGGAACAUCUGGAUCCAGUUGAUCUUUGGCGGUGCUGUCCAGAUUGCCCACGCCCUCCUUGUUCCCGAGACCCGCACGACAGUUCUUAUGAACCGCAUUGCAAAGAAGCGCCGUGCCGAGGGCGAGAAGAACGGCAAGCCAGUCAACAUCUGGGGACCCAACGAGCUCACGCCCUGGAGGGAGCGCUUCAGCGCCCACGAGAUCAUCACCACCUGGAUUCGUCCUUUCCGCAUGUUCCUUACCGAGCCAAUAGUGCUUGUCCUCUCCCUGCUCUCCGGUUUCUCUGAUGCCAUCAUUUUCAUGUUCCUGCAGUCGUACGCACUCGUGUACGCCCAGUGGGACUUUGCGGCGUUCGCCAUCGGUCUCGCAUUCGUCCCCAUCGGUAUUGGCUACCUCCUAGCUUGGUUCUCUUUCUUCCCAGCCAUCAAGCGUAAUGAAAGGCUCCGAAAAGAGCGCCCUGGUGACGAGAUUGCGCAGUACGAAGCUCGACUCUGGUGGUUGCUGUUCACUGCCCCCUGCCUUCCCAUCGGCCUAAUCAUCUUUGCAUGGACCUCAACUGGACCUCCACUACACUGGAUUGGAAGCAUGGUCGCCUCUGCUAUCAUCGGUAUCGCUAAUUACGCUAUCUAUAUGGCCACCAUCGAUUACAUGAUCUGCGCCUACGGGCCAUACAGUGCUUCGGCUACAGGCGGCAACGGUUGGGCUCGUGACUUCCUUGCUGGUGUGCUCACUCUCCCCGCAACUCCCUUCUUCCAGAACAUCGGCUCCAAUCCUCUGGCAUACGCAUCUACCAUCUUGUUCUGCAUCUCGCUUCUGCUCGUCGUGUCGGUCUACGUCAUCUACUGGAAGGGCCCAGCUCUGAGGAAGAAGAGUCCGUUCGCUCAACAAUUGGCCGGUGCCCGUGAGGAGACUGGUGGUAGGAGGGCUAGUCACCUGCCCGGCAUGUAUGGCUCGAGAGUCAACUCAAUUUCUGCCGCCAGCAACGGGCCCACCUCGAGGAGAGGCAGCGUCAUCAGAGGCGCGAGCUAUCAAGGCCGACCAGGUGCUCAGCGUGGCGUGAGCUCUUCGAACGCAUACUAG